AUGGCGACAAAGAAGGGCAAGAAGAUUUUCAACAAAGAAGAACUUGCAGAAGAUUGGUGCUUUGAAUGUAAAGAUGGUGGAGAGCUCAUGAUUUGUGACUAUGGGAAAUGUUUGAAAGCUUAUCACCCUGCAUGUGUGGAGAAAGAUGACUCAGUUUGGACAAGUGAUAAACAUUGGAUUUGUGGACGGCAUACAUGCUUAAUUUGCCAUGGAAAAUCAUAUUAUCAAUGUUAUUGUUGUGAUAGAGCUGCAUGCUCUCACUGCAUUGGUCGAAUCGAUUUUGUCCAUCUGAAAGGGAAGAAUGGAUUAUGCAAUAACUGCCUAAAGCUCGCAUUGCAUGUGGAAGAAGACAAGAAUAUUGAUUCUGAUGGGACCUCAGAGAUCACGAAACAUACGAGGGUCUUUUCAGGGAGUAUUAUCAGAUAGUAAAGACAAAAGAAGGAAUUGAUAAAAAUAAACUUCUGGCUGGUAAGGCUCAACUAGACAAGGAGAAGAUUUGCCAAAUUAACUCUUAUUCAGAUAAACGUUGUGAGAAAGAGGAUGAACAACUUUCUUCGGACAAUGA